CUCCGUUUUCACGAUUGAGCUCCUUGAACUCACAGCAACUGAGGCCGCACUAAUUGUACCUCUUCUACAAAUUCUCUCCACAACAUCUUGAAGUCUAUCGCAUCCCUGAUCCUCCCUUUCUCUUAAUCCACCGGUGAGAGUUCCUCGUGGGUCUUCCCUCCUGUUUGUCGCAACCCGCCAUCUCCAACACGCUUGCAUCUUCUUUGUACGCCUUCCUUAUUUUUCAACCGCAGCCUACAACACAUAUCCGCUGCAUCAACAAAACCUCCAAUUGUGAUUUGCGUCAUCAAUCGUGUCUUCGCACACUAUUUUGCUUCUCUAUACGCGACUCGACUCUUCUAUGGAGUCCACCGUAACAGCUUCCGAUAAUCUGACCACCACCUCCGAAUCCUCUAUCGGUCCGGCCACACCUGUCGCUAUUUCCUCACAGACCACUUCGCCGUCAUCCUCAACAAGCUCACAAAAGAGGAAGCGUGAGGAGGGCGACGGGGAGGACGGGAGAAGUCGUUCAUCUACAACUACCCCUCCCCGUUCUCGUGCGGCAUCUGCCGUGUUUAGUGCUCGGAAUAUGUGGGGAUUUGGAUACAUUAGCAGUAUUUGGAAAACUAUUGUUGACUGGAGUUUUGUUCGCCGGCCUGAAGAGACGAUAGAAUCGGUGAGAGCCGCAGAAACGGCAGGGGCGGCGCAAACAGUGGAAACAGCAGAACCGGAUUACACACUAGACGGAAGGUCUAAAUCGAAGCGGCCCAAAUUAACAGAAGCAGAAAAUUCGUUCCGCUCUUGUUUAGCUAACGACGAAAUCGCAUCUAUUCCCAAUGCUGUCCACUCUCGGGCUUCCGGCAAAGAGUACGGACGCUCUCAGAGUGCUGCCGUUCGGGAUGGGCUAAAGAUAAAAGCGCCCGUGCCGGAUACCAGCGAAAGUACCGUUACGACUCAGCAAUUACCUUCACCGCAGGCGUCGGCUUCUGGAGAUGAGCACUUCCCCAAUCCGCCUCGAGCACUGGCGCCGAAGGCCUUUCUCGAUUCCGGGAAAGUUCGAGUCAAUUGUCCCUUAGCGAAAGGGGAGGAGCCUUUUUUCGCAGUUCCGAUAAGUAAACCGCUGCCGGUAAGGUCUAUUUUGCGGGGUGCACUAUAUCGCAGAGACCAGAAGUUUUCAACCCGCCUAGCUCAAGCUGGUUUCCCGUCGCCUGGUGCUAGUUUGACACCAAGGUUUCCCGGACAUAUGGCAAAUAAUAAACUCGGUUGGUCGCAUAAAGUGUCAUGGAAGUCACACCUGAGCCCGGGGGCUCAGUCGGUUUUGCAGACUCCAUUGAUCGACAAACGGUUAUCAAGCGAUGAACUACGCCGAUCCACUAGACUAGCAUCUAUUGGUAGACCAGUAAGCUCUGGCCGGGUGCAAAAGCUUAAAUCCAAGGAUGAAAAGGAAAGAAAGAAGCAAGAAGCACUUCGCAGAUCUCAAAUGAGGGCUCAUAUCGAGUCUGAACCCCUAGACGUCUUACUGGAGCAACUUCGGGCGAGAGGCGAACAUGGAUUUUUGAAUCUUAAGGAAGUAGAACGAAAACGCAAAGAACGAGAGAUCGAGAUUCAGAGGUUGAGAGCUGAAGAUGCACGAAACAAAAUCAAAAAGGAAGUAAUACCACCGCUUGAUCCAGCUCGGAAAGAGAAAGUCGAAAAAACCUUUGCGGAGGUUAGCCGUUCAGGUCUCAACAAGACCUACAUCACAAAAUGGAAUAUCCCGAUCACGAACCGUGACUUUGAACGUCUUAAGCCGAACCAAUGGUUGAAUGAUGAGAUCAUAAAUUUCUACAUGAACCUCAUCUGCGAGAGGACUAAUAGCUCGUUCCCGAAUGGGCCCAAGAAGAUCUUCGCGCACAACACCUAUUUCUGGCCAAAGCUCAAAGAUGGUGGUCACAAAGCAGUCGCAAGAUGGGCAAGGCGUGCCAAGUGCGGGGGCGAGGAUCUUUUGAAGUUGGACUACCUGUUGAUGCCGGUUCACGUUGGGGGCAACCAUUGGUGUCUCGCUGUGGUAAACUUUAAGCAAAAGCGGUUCGAAUACUAUGAUUCCUUGGGAGGGAAAUUCACACCGGAAUCUAGGCCUGGCCCGUACAAGAUGAUGAGGGAGUACAUGCGUGACGAAACCGGAGGGAAAUUUAAUGAUACCGACUGGGUCGACUACGCAAUGCCGGGCGCUCCUCAGCAACGCAACAUGAACGACUGCGGGGUAUUUGCGCUCAAGUCUGCUGAGGUGCUCACUAGAAGUGGCAGACUCGACUUUACGGCGGGCGACAUCCCGUUGGUUCGGUCGAGGAUGUUGGUAGAGAUAUUGGAAGGACAGCUGUUACCACCAGGCAAUCCUUGAUGUGAUUCAUACUCGGAGGGGAAUUAUUUCCUGACGGCUGGUGCCGAGUAUCAAUGGUGCACACCAAAAUAAUCACGAUUGAGGGAAUAGGAGGAAGAGCUCAUCGACUCGACUAGACUUUUUACCCUAGCCCUUCCAUCUACUCACCCCCCAGUUAUCCUCUGUUAUAUUACUCUACGCUUUCCUAUGGGCAUCCAUCUCUAUUUCUGUCUUGAUUACGUUUGGUCUCGGUUUCGCUUUCUGCACUUUUUCUGCCUUGGUUUUGUGGUGCCCGCCCCCUUAUUUUAGUUUAGUCCAUCUUUCCCUUUCUACUACUGCUACUGCUGCUGCUACUAUUGCUUCUACUACUGCUACUACUAUAGUAAAAAAAAAAGUGGUCCCGGCGUUCGUCUUGCUAUUUCUAUUUCAGUUUUUUUUUUUCUUUUUCAUUCUCCUUUUCUCUUGAGUCAAAUAGGUUGGGUGUUAAGGUCUGAUUUGGGCAUUGUUGCUUUUUCCCUCUGCUAUUUGGGCUGCUUGUAUCAUUACCAUGCGGGUUCUCUAGGAUAUUGGAUCAGUGAAUCUGGUUGUGAGAGUGGAGAGGUUUAUGGGCUGUAUUAUAGUUUGUUGGUGGGGUGGUUUGGGAAGCGGUGCAAUAUACCAGUGCGUGUGGGGGAGCGAGGGGCUUAGAGUUUUUUCUGUUAACUCUUGAGCGCGAUAGGAGUGAUUUUAACUUUUAGUGUGAUGGUGGGGUGGUUCUGCCGGUUUAGCGAGUGCUUGUUGGUGAUUCUGAGAUUUGAGCAGGCGAAUGGACUGUGACUUACUGUAGUUGAGCAGUUGACGAGUUGACUUAUGAUAGCGGAUGAUAAAAUGGUUGUAUUUACAGAGUUUGAGGAUGGAUUUUUUCUUUUCUGUAUCUUAACGAUAAAAAGGUGGCUCGAAUUUAGUGGUAUCAUCACGUUUACUCUUA